CGCUACCCUCGGCUCGGGGGCGGGCGGCGCAGCGGCAGCAGCCAUGGAGCCGGAGCGCGAGUGCCGGGUGCUCUCCAUCCAGAGCCAUGUCGUCCGCGGCUACGUGGGCAACAAGGCGGCCACCUUCCCGCUGCAGGUUCUGGGAUUUGAAGUUGAUACAGUGAACUCUGUCCAGUUUUCAAACCACACAGGCUACGCCCACUGGAAGGGUCAGGUAUUAAAUUCAGACGAACUUCAUGAAUUGUAUGAAGGACUUAAGCUGAACAAUGUCAACCAGUAUGAUUAUGUACUCACAGGGUAUACCAGAGACACAUCAUUUCUUGCAAUGGUGGUGGAUAUUGUCCAGGAGUUGAAGCAGCAGAAUUCUAACCUAGUAUAUGUAUGCGAUCCAGUGAUGGGUGACAAAUGGAAUGGAGAAGGUUCUAUGUAUGUGCCCAAGGAUCUUCUCCCUGUCUACAGGGACAAAGUUGUUCCUGUUGCUGAUAUAAUUACUCCUAAUCAGUUUGAGGCUGAGUUACUCACUGGUAGAAAGAUUCACACAGAAAAAGAUGCUUUAGAGGUAAUGGAUAUGCUGCACGCCAUGGGACCAGAAACUGUGGUGAUAACAAGCUCAGAUCUACAGGCUUCUUUAGGAAAUGACUACCUAAUUGCACUGGGAAGCCACAGGAAAACUAAAGCAGAUGGUACCAAGAUGACACAAAGAAUUCGAGUGGAGUCUCCUAAAGUGGAUGCGGUCUUUGUUGGAACAGGAGACUUAUUUGCUGCUAUGCUUUUGGCAUGGACACAUAAGCAUCCAAACAAUUUGAAGGUGGCAUGUGAAAAGACUGUAUCAGCCAUGCAACAUGUUCUGCAAAGGACCAUUAAGAGUGCAAAAGACAGAAGAUGUCACUGUUCAGCUUAUACUUGGACUACGGUGAUGGUGAAACCUAACUGCUAUUCAAAGCAGUCGUGGAAGAACCGCAAGCUGGAGAAGGAAACAAACCAAACUCAGCCCAGCUGGAAUUGAGAAUGGUCCAAAGCAAAAAGGACAUAGAAAACCCAGACAUCAUAGUGAAAGCUACUGUGUUAUAAAGGCUGUAUGUCUCCAAUAACGCACAACAUGUUGAUGUCCUCAUUUCUUUCCUGUAAAUUGUAAUAUUUGCCUUAGAUCUGUGAUGGAAACCUGACUUUCAUGAAAUAGUGCCCAGCAUAGGCAGAUAUCCACUCUCAAACAUAUGUGCUGGCCUUGUUCAAUUUUAAAAACAAAACAGAGUUGGUGUGCAUUAAAGCAUAUUCCCAGGUAUCAAAAUGGCUAUCAAAUUCACUUAGUCUGUAUAUUACCCUGGGCAAGAGAAUACAAUGUUCCUGCCUUGCCAAAGACUUUAGAUGUGAAUUUGUUAUCGGAAUGCUUGACUGACUGGAGAAUAUAUUUCAAAAUGGCAUCUAGUGCCAAUGGAGCUGGCUAUGUGCUCCUGUUUCCUGGAAGUACCUAGUUACUUACUCUGGUAUUCAGUAUCUUAGCUGCUAUGAAACUAAGCAGGGUUAAAACUACACACACAGUUCUGGUUGUGUGUAAGGAGUACUAUGAAGAUGUGUAGCAUUUAAGUACUCUAAAGUGACCCUGAGAUGUCAUUCAUGUACUGAUAACUGCUCCUGUUUCUUAUUUAUGAACAGUUAUAUAAUUUCAGUUUUUAAAGGUACUGGCUGCUUAUUUCUAAUGUCCACAGGUACGGACAUCACUUUCUUCUGAAAAUCUGCUCCAGAAACUUCUUCAUUAGUAAAGUAGAAGAUUGUAGUUCUACCUCUGAGGCCAGGUUUGGUUCUUUGUUUAGUUUUUAAGUACAGACAAAUGUUCUUUAAGGACAAAAGAUAAAGCAGCUCCUACUCUGAAAGCUGACUAUCCUCGCAUGCUCUCCAUAGGUGGCUGUGUUUACAAACUGUGUAGGGCACUUCCACGUUCCGAUAGUGAGCACUGUUGGUGGGCUCAGCAGUGGAGCAACCUGUGGCGAAAGUAGUAUGUGGUUGAGUAAGUUCCAUACAUUUACCAAAUGCAGUGAAACAUACAAAAUUAGUUUGUCCAUAAUGUAAUUCUCUACAAACCAUGCUGUCUGGAGUUUACAGAAGUGCAUUAUUAUUAAUCUUUGAACAAAUUUUUAUUUCAAAAUUCUACUUCAUAAGGCUUUAAGAGGAGAUUCUUGCUAAUUUCAGUGUGCUGUAUAUCACAGCCAAACAUUAUACCAGUAAAUGGUAGAUACACUGACAGAUGCUGACCACUUAUACUUCCUGUUGACUUCAGUAUGGAACUAAAGUUCUUGCAUCUCCCAAGAUGAGGUCCAGUGUGUUGUUAAACCUAAGUUCAGUUGCUGAGCUGUAUUUGUCUUUGAUGGCAUAGGGAGAUUAAAAAAAAAAAGUGUAUGUGCUUAUAAUUGCAAGAAGGAAAAUUGCAUUAGAGGAGAGGGCAACUCCGUGUUUUUCCUAAUUAUCUGAGUAUGGUCAAGAAACUUGCUCUUGGGUGUCUCCCAGAUACCUUUCUUGCACCUUCCUCAUCAUGCCUGCCUGAUUGAUAGGCAGUGUCACUUGCAUAGCUUGGAGUCCCCAGAAGAACUGGAUUAGAGACAGCUUGUGCCACAGUAGUCUUCACUCAUUCCAUCAUUUCUGAGGAUUUUCUGCCCUUGCAAAUGUUCAUUGGUUUCACUUAAUAGAAGAGUAAUUUAUCCUUAAGGUUAAUUUUCUUUUUGGCUGAGCAGGUUUUUUUUUAUAGAGUAAGGUUUCCUAAUUAAUACACUUCUGAAACCCUCCUUUUCAGUAUCUCUGAAACGAAUGACAUUUAAGAGGUGAACACAUUUUGCAGUUAAUAUGAGAGACAAACUUUCAGCUUUCACUCUCUGUAACUGAUAUCAUUUUUAUUGCCUCUUGCAAUAGAGUGCCAUUUGGCAUUAAAAUUUUAAUGCCAUUUGGUAUCAAAAUGAGAAAAGUACUCUUUUGACUUGAGAAUUUUAAGAAAAAAAUUACCUAUGGAACAUGACUCUGCCACAGUUUAUAGUAACCACUGCCAUAAAAUAACUUUCUAGCAAUAAUAAUUUUAGUGAACAAAGAUUAGCAGUCACUAGGAGAGAUGAGCUCAUGGCUGAUGUCCAGUGUGUAAAAAGAGGUGAAGUAUCUUAUCAGUGUGUAUAAUUAUCUGAUGAGAGUGAGUAAAGAAGGUGGAGCCAGACUUCUCAGUGGUGCCUUAUGAAAGGGCAAGAGGCAAUGGGCACAAAUUGAAACACAGGAAGUUCCCUUUAAACAUAAGAAAUCCCCCCCCCCCUUUUUUUUUUUACUGUAGUGGUGAUUAAACACUGAAACAGGUUUUCCAGAAAUGUUGUGGAGUCUCCAACCUUGGAGAUGUUCAAAAGUCAUCUGUCCACAGUCGUGGUCAGUGUGCUCUAGGUGACUCUGCUUGAGCAGGGGCAGGUGGACUAGACGAUCACCUGAAGUUCCUUCCAACCACAGCUAUUCUGUGAUUCUGUGAAGUACAAACAAGUUGUUUUUUUUCCCCUCAGCAUUACCUUUUUAAAUUAAUGCAGAUGUUUUUUCUUCCUGAGGCACAAACUUACAGAUAGCUAAGAAAUAGCUCUGUAUUAAUAAAUUGCUGUAUUUUUUAGAUAAGCUUCUGCUUGCUAGGGCAGUCGCACAGGGAACACAGUUGCCUUUUUUAAGAUAGUUGCUUUCAGCAAAAAUAUUUAAAUACUGCAGCUGGAGAUGCAUUUCAACAGUUGAGCACAAAAGCAUUUUAACUUUUCCUAGCAUCGAUUACAUAAGUGUGCAGCACACUGCAUUCCAAACGUAAGUGAGUUUAUUUUUCAAAAUGUAGACCAUUUCACAUUGAAAUGUAUAAUCGCCACUAUCCAUUUGAGAAGAGUGGAGCAACAGACCAAGCCUCCUUGGCUCUACUUUGCAGCAUUAAGCUUGACUCCCUAGCCCAGGCAUAUCCAGCUUUUUGGUUCCUAUGUGUCACAUACCAAAAUCUUCAGAUGACCUCUGCCAUGCCCCUCUGAUUGCUAAGAGGUAGAUGAGCCCUAGGAGCAGUUCACAGGCAGGAAAUGACAUUUGCUCUCCUGAGUCCAAUUGUUCUAGUGUAGCGCAGAGCUUGGUUGAGUGGCAACAUGGCUCCUAGUAUUUCUGGUGCAGCUGAAAAGGGUUUCAGUAUUAUAUAGCUGCCUGUUAUUUAAGGGAAUGGAGGAGAUGCAUCAACAUUGUAUGAUCUACUUGCAGAUCCUUAGGUGAGAAAAGAGGGUUAGUCUAAACCAAUUUAGGUCCUAGCUGAUUGCAGAAGAACAAGCACUUUAGCACAGAAGGUUGUGUCAAUAACUAAAAACUUUUCAUGACUAGCCUAACAGCAUGAAAUACUUCUGUAGCCUACUAGUCCAGGGCCCCUCAGCCUUGAGGCUUUUGUGGUUAGGGAACACUUAACUUCACUGCGUGUGUUUGUGUCCAGUCAACGUCACCACAAUGCUUUCUCUUCACUUAUUAAUGGUAAUUUUUUUGAAUCCCUUUUUCUGGAAUAAACUUUUCAGUGUGUGUGGUCAGCCAUUUUGAUUACUGCAAGUGCACUCAUCUGUGGAGCCAUUGUGCUGGACAGACUAAAACUUGUUUAAAAAUGAUCUAAUCUAUUCUGGGCCUAGAUAGUCUUUACAUGCUUAGAACUCCCAUUUACCUCUGUGGGAGACACAUGCAUAGACAUUGUGCUAAAAUCAAUGCUAUUCACACUUCGUAUAAACAUUUUAGAAAUCUGCAGUAAAAUUGUCAAAUGUUUGUUUUCUGAUAAUCUAUAAUCAAUAUGCUAUACAAAAGAAUUGGAGGACCAAGGUUUCUAGCUACUUAUACUGCCUUGUUGAGUAUCUUAUAUGUAUCUUGAUUAGAUGGUGUUAAUUUUUUGUCUGAGACUGCUAUGGUGAUUGUUUUAUUUUAUUUUAAAAUAUGUGGCAAGGAAGAUUGUAAUAAAAAUAUCUAAAUAUAAUAUACUCUGCACACACAAAUUAUUAGAUCCUAUUUUUGAAUAUGUUAACCAUUUUAGAAUUAAACAAAACCGGAAUAGUUUGGUAGUGUUGCUAAGUAAAAUGGAUGUAAUUAAAGGUUUUCUUGGUUGUAUCCUAGCAUAGAAGAUGGGUACUUAAUUGAAGAACUUAGAUUUGUACGCUGUAAUCAUCUCAGUAUAGUGCAGUAGGUGUGUGGAAGAGAAUAACAUCCUUGUCUUCUGAAUUUUUUGAAGAAGUUUAAUGGGGAGACAGCUGCUGUCAUUUUGCACCGUUGCUCCUGUAUGCCUUGUACUCAUAUGUGUAAGAUUUCUCUGUGCUGUGGUCUUUAUUCCUGCCUAAAAGAUGAGCAGAGAGGCUUAGAAUAAGAACCUCAACACAUUUCCAGCUCCUUAUGCUGCGUUUGGCUGCAGCACCAUUCACAGGAUGAUUUUUACCUCAUUGCCUAGCUUAGAGCAUACAAGACUACAGUAGAAAACAACUGCUCCUGCAUGUCAGAGCAGGCGCUUCCAUCAGUUCUCUACAUUUUGUACAUGAAGGCAGUUUUGCAGGAGGAGGAGAGCAAGUAUUCAGUUUGAUGAGAGCAGUAGUAAUUGCAGAAAAUACUAUGUCAGUAUGGUUAUGCCCACUGGAGAAGUUAGAUUUAUAAUUAUACCAAAGAAAAACACCUCUCCUAUUUGAACAGUCUUGUGUGUUUAAAUAGUGCUGUUAGAAGUUGAGAAAGAAAGGACGCAAAUUUUGGUCACUUUGAAGGCAAAAUAUUUCCUCAUAAAUUCAAACAAAAAAUAGUCCAUUCUUUUGUAUCACAUUGCAGCCUCAUCGGCUCAUUGAUUAGUCAGUCAUUCAGCUAUUAAAAUCACAGGAUAAGAUUAUCCAGAAAACAUCUGUACUUUUAAAAAGGCAUUUAUAUCUGAUAAUUUAACUGCUGAAUGGUUUUCUAGCCCACUAGUAUUCUAAAAUACAGCAAUUAAAGACACAUGACAAGCGUGGAAACUAAGCUUUGAAACACCCAAUUGCAGCUCUGAAAAUCUGUUUUAAGUAAGUAAACUGGUGAGUUUAUACAUGCUUGCAGGAGCAGAUUUAAGGUAAAUUAAGGUCCACGUGGUUCAGAUUAGAAAGCUGACUUUAACUGCCAGAGAAGGGCUUUGAAUGCAGAAUCCAAGGUACCUGCCCUUGAGCUACCUUUUCCUAGUUUAUGUGAAGUCAGGACAGUCUUCAGAAGGGGAGAAUGCAGUUUGCCUUUCAGCAGCUGAGGAGAGCUCCUACCCGCUUUACCAGGAAACCGGUACCAGGUGCCAGCACCAAAGCCACCAGCCACUGACUGCUCCAGCAACAAUGAAUCUCGAGGCAGAAGGGAUGCUCCCAAGUGUGUUCCUAAAUAAACGUGCAUUCCUGAAUUAGUGCCUCUACAAUGCAAAUAACGGUAAUAGCAAAUACAGAAAUCAAUUUGCAGAAGUAGCGAAUAAGGCAGCACAUUAUUAAGGCAGAGAAAACCAGCAAUAUGAGAAGGCUGUGCCAUAUGUUACCACUGAGAUCACAUGUAUUCGUUACCUAUUGCCCAUGUGGUUGCAUUGCUAUUUAGGAAAAUCUGUGUGUAGAAGACUGUAAUAUAUGUACUCUUGUGUGUGUGCGUGUGUGUAUGUUGAAGCUUUAUUUGCAAUGUGGUGGGGGUAGGAAACAGAAUUUGGGGGCUGGCUGUGUAGGCCUUCAGAUGUGGGCAGGAGGUCCUAAUGAAUUAUAUUUUUAUAGAUUGUGCUGAAGCUUUGGGUCCCAGCCACACAUAGCCUUUUCUUGCAUUGAAAUAAAAUGGUAUGGGAAGAAAGCGAGGUGGCUGUAAUAUAGUAGGGAUAGUACAAACCCCACCAGCCCUGGACAGACUAAAAUAACUUAAUAAAAGAUGCCUUUUUAAGUAAUAUUUUUUUAGUGCUAAAUUGUUAAACAAAGAAAUAUUUAUGAGCAAACUUUCUAUGUACUUAAAGUUUGUGUGGUGCUUUGUACUGACUAAGUGGACCUGUUAAAUGUUUACAUAUCUUAAUAAUUGUCCUUGAGACGUAUAUAGUAAUUCAAUGAAUUUUAUGCCAGAAAAACAAUGAAGUUCAGUGUAAUAGCAAAUUAUUUAAUUUCUAAUGAAAUUUUAGGCCUUUGUAGUGUUUAUGUAUUUUCUGGUUGGCAGUUAUGAGUUGGAUUCUUUCUGCAGUAAGGCUUGUACACUUGGUUGUGGAGAGAGGCAGUAGGAUAGUAAAGAAUAUAUUUAAAAGAAAACCCUAAAUAUUGCCACCUUAUCCAUUAUAAAAUCAGGUAAGUUGUGACAUAUGCCUGAAACUUGGAUUUUAUGUUGGAGUAAGAUACCAAACUACUAGGUGCAAGCUAAAAAUGGGUCACAGGUUUGUUUAUUUGUUUAAAUAAGUCUGGAGGAUCCUACAGGUGCUCAUUAGCAACAUGUAAAUAAACAAGCCAAGAGAAUGGAACAGGACUAACCUUUACACAUUAUAUGAAGUUGACAGAGCUAACUUCAUAGCUUGUGCUGAGUGAAUGUGCAAUAGGUAGAUGAGUAGGAUAAAUGGGAGAAAAUGAUUUUUCCCCCCUCCAGUCUGUCAGUUUUAAUAAUGUAAAGGAUUUAAGUAGAGUAAUCUGAAUUUAAAUUCAACAAACGUAUGAACUGGCUUUCAGAAGAGCUGAGUUGCCAGCAAAAUCCCAUUCGGUCAAAAUGCAAGUUGUUGGCAUGUUUGAAAGUCAGAACUUUUUUUUAAUUGUAUAUAGUUGUUCUUUGGGGUUGGGGGGGGGGUUAAUGACUGGGAGGCCAAGGCUAAAGCAAAUCCCUUCCAGGUAUUUAUUUUUCUGCUUAGUCAUUUGGAGGUUCACUAAGAAGUGCAAAGAUCUGCCUCCAUAAGUCAAAUUUUGGAGUAUGGUCCUCCAUUGAACAUUGUGCUCCUGCGUAAGACACCCUUAGUGGUCUGGAGAAAUUGUGAUUAUCCUUAAUUAUGUUUUUUUCUUCUCUUUAAAGAAAUUAGCCAGCAUCCUCACCACUCCUCUGAAUAAAUGACUACUGCAAAAACUGGGUAAUAAUUUAUCACAAGUUUUCUCUCAAGAGUUCUUCUGUUCUGGAUAUGUUGAGAGAAAAGUAUUGCUUCUGUUUUGUUGAGUUAGCAAGAAAAAAGUCAGUAAGACUGAUCAUGUAUUGUUCAGAAGAGAAGACAGAGAAGGGAGCAGUUAAAUCUUGCAUGCUUUGCUGUGCCUGUAUUUUCCUCCCCUGGGAGUCUGUGGGUAUAUUGUAUACCUGAUGAUGGCAGAGUGACUGUUUUAUCUGUGCUGCCCCUUGAGGGAAAUGCAAAGGAGUUAUUCUGCAAACCUGGGAGAUUAGGUCUGUGUAAAUUUGUUGAGAUGUCAGUUUUUAAAUACAGUAACGAAGCUGUGAUUUAGCACAGCUCUUAAGCAUGCACUCUGAAAUUAAAGCAUAUAUUGAGUUGAGACACUGCUUUUAUGGCUGUGGCAUAAGGCAGUGGGAUAUUCAUUCUCUCCCCUUUGCCUCCACCCUGUUUUAGGAACCUAGUUCAGUCAUGUAAUUUCUCUAAACUUUUUCUAUAGCUCAUGGAGAGAAAGUGAUUCUACAAGUGAAUAGUCAUCAGACCAGUUAGCCUAGGCUCUCGCUCUUUGAAAAGGAAGGUGUGGAAUCGUCAGCUGCGAUGGUGGAUUUCACUUGUCCAGCUCUGCUGCGCCAUAAAUCUACACCCUCAUAUUCCUCUCGCACCAUUUCUGCUGGUUCUGGUCCUUGCCUGUCCCCAUAAUGCGUGAAGUGAAGGAGCUAAACCAAUGGAGAACUUACCAAGCCGAAACAAUGAAGUUUUUAGUUCCUUUAGCUCACUGAACUUCCUCAUCUUGGAAGCAGACAAGUGCUUGUGCCAUGCUGGAGAGGAUAGGAAGAUGCAGCUGGGCAAAAAUAGGGGAAGAGUGGGACUCCCUUUUCUUGGCAGCAAGUGGCUAGGUAAGCACAGCCAAAUUGCAGAGUUGCGCCGAUAGUGGUAGAGGAAAGACUCGUCAGCUAAGUACUUGAAAGAAGAGCUACAGAUUUAGUAGUAUGAGUUUGGUGUUCUCAAUCCAGCCCAUCCCCUGUACUGUAAAAACAUGAAAGGUUUUGUACAACUGCCCUUACCGUCCAUAUGAUCCUUAUGCCUAGCAGAGUAGAAAAUAGCAGAUAGCAAAGCAUUAAAACAGUUGUCUAACUAGGGAACAUAGAGAGAGCAGCAGGCAAAUAAAAUUUCAAGUUUGCUUUCACAGCGCUUGCAUGGUGUCAGUGUUAUCCAGGUCUGGCUCUUUUCUCUUCCCAUGCCCCUUUAUUAAAAACAAACAAACAAACAAAAACCCCCCACAACCCCCCAGAAAAACGAGUUAGCUGUGAAUUGAAGUGGCAUUAAGAUUUAUUUUUUGUUUAUAGAUUUCUGGUUAAGAAGGGAUUUUCAAUAAAUGCCAAGUAGUGUGAUACAAACUGUCACUGUUGGAGCAUAGUUUGACUUUUUUCGUGAUAUGUCUAUAAUAAAUGUUAUUGGAAGAUCACUUGUAGACGGCUGCUCAUAUUCUGUGAUCUAUAUAUAGUAAAGCUCAUAAAUGCAUAUGCCAAAUGUGAGCUUGUGCAAACCAUGCCUUGCUAGGGAAUGAAACUGUAUGGUUUGUUGGAGACGAGAUGACAAGUAUUUAGCAUCAGCGAUCUUAUAAUUUGCUGUUAAUGAGUGUAAUUACUUGGGUAAUGUAGCCUUUUUAGUAUUGUUUUCUUACUGGAAAAUGGAGCAUGGCAUCGUAUGUGUGAUUUUAAUAUGUUUUUAGCUGGCUGAACAGGGAAAUAUGAAUCAGGAUUGCUAAAAAUGGGAGGGAUGGCCACAAGCAUAUCUAAGAUAUAAAUAAGGAGAGUAAAUUUGACAUUUAUCUCAAUUCAGAAAUUAUUAAGCAUUGACCCAGUGGGUUUGAUAUGUCUUUAACACGGAAUAGCAUCUGGAAGAGGCCAAUAUUUAGGGUUUUUGUCAGAAGCACAGUUAAUUCUGCUCUACUGCUUAGAAUGACCAGCACAGAUGCCACCAGAACCUCUUCUUGUAAUGCUGUAAUACAGACUGUGGUUUUCUUGUGAAAGUCUUAACCUCUUCUUAUGAAAAUAAUGCACAACUAAGUAUUUUCAUGGUGUAUAAGUGAUUUUUUUUUCCAAUAAAUUACAUUUCUUUUACUAAA